AUGCCAAUGUCUGAUGCUUUUAGCGGUCCUUCCGCUGGCCGUGCCGACUUUUCCUACGACGAUCCGGAUCGCUGGGCCGAGACCGACCCGGACUGCGGUGGAUCCCGCCAGAGUCCCAUCGAUAUCCAGCUGCAGUCGACGAAGCCUGCGUUGGGUGGUGAAGCAGCCCUCCAGCUCGAUGGAGGCGCCCGGAAGCCGGUAUCGAUUACCGUGACGAACAACGGGCACACGGCGCAGUACACGUUCGACUGGAGCAAGGACAGCGAGCGACCCCGCCUCACCGGCGGACCGCUCGGCCAGGAUCCGUACGUGUUCGAGCAGCUGCACUUCCACUGGGGCGCCGAGAACGAUCGCGGCUCGGAGCACACGUUCAACGGCUUGAAGUUCCCGCUGGAGGCCCACUUCGUGUUCUUCAAGCAGGAGUACGGCUCGUUCGAGCAGGCCGUCAACCAGCCGGACGGGUUGGCCGUGCUGGGCGCCCUGUACGUAGUCGGCGGGAUAAAGAUUAAGCCGGGGGCGAAGUGGGCGCGCCCAUUGCCGAAGGUGCGCGAGGCGGGCAGCUCGAUCACGCUCGAGGGCCGGGAGCUGUUCAGCCUGGACUCGGUGGCGGGCGCCGAGUGGGACCGGUACUACUCCUACCCGGGCAGCCUUACCACGCCACCGUGCGCCGAAAGUGUCACCUGGCUCGUACGGGAAACCCCGGCCCUGGUGGCCCAAAAGGAUCUGGACCUUCUGCGCGCCCUCCUCGACUCCGACGGGAAGCCGCUGGUCGACAACUUCCGACCGGUUCAGCCUCUCAACGACCGCACGGUGGUACGCUAUGGGUUCUAG